AUGAAGUGCAAUGUGGACGCCGCUCUCUUCACUGAUGGGGCAGGCUUUGGAGCCGUUGUUCGAAGUCAUGAAGGCCGCUUCAUUGCAGCUAAAGGCGGUAGGCUCGGAUGUAUUCAAGAUCCUUUACUGGCGGAAGCUUAUGCAGUUGAACAAGCUUUGGACUGGAUAAGAAGUUUUAAUUUUAAUAAUGUCAUUGUUGAAAUUGAUUGUUUAAUGUUUUCUUCUACUUUUAAUUCCCGGCAUUCUGAUUUUUCGUAUGUUGGUUCAAUAGUGAAGCAAUGUAUUCAAAUUGCUAGUGACAUUGGGAACGUUCAGGUUCGCCAUGUCAAGAGGUCAGUGAAUCAUGUAGCUCAUGUGCUUGCACGGGCGACUGGUUCCUCGUCUGUCCUAGGGUCGUGGUCUUCUCACCCACCCUCUUGUAUCGCUGCUCUUAUUAGCUAUUAA